GCUGACUCGGGUUUACGUACCGGUAAGUUUACGUUCUUGACUGAUUUCACCUUUCCUCCUCCGAAAGUUAUUGGCAUUGAGGAAGAAUUGUACGCAAUGAUUAUUUGACCAGAAAGCAUUUCAAAAGGAUAUCUUGAAUUAAAGGAUAUUUUUUCAUAAUAAAAAAAUGCGUUUCCCGUCCAAUAAAACUCUCGGAACAAUUGCUGUAUACGGCGCAUUUGCUUCGAUAACGGGUGUGAUGUACAUGCGUUACAAAAUAGAGGAUCGCAUAAGAAAUUCGGAGUAUUUUCGGCUUGCAAUCCAGACAUUGAGACAACAUAAAGGGGCGGUGAGCUUAUUGGGCGAACCUAUCAAAGAACAUGGCUUCGAUUUAAGUGACAGCAAAAAUUUUGCAGAUGGACAGCAAGCUCAGUUUGAAGUGCAUGUAAAGGGCGCCAAUGAUAAAGGCAAGAUGUUCUUUUGGGCAACCCGAACACCGGAAGAAGGUUGGUUUUUGGAUCGUUUGGAACUGGAGGUGCGUUCACAACCGGAUAAACGUUUUCUGAUAAAGAAAAUUGAGGGAGAAAAAACUGAAUAGCUGUCGAUUGUUUAAACAAACUUUCGAAUGUAGCUAAUGUGCAGAAACACCAUAAACUUGUCAUAACGUUGUGGAUUAGCACCAUAAAAGAAAUAGCAAGCGUUUGGUAACUUUUUGACCACAGCAAUAAAAAAAAUUUUAUAAACCUAACUUUAUACUAAACUUUUAAGCACCAGUGUACAUACGACUUUUCAACUCUUUAUUAAACACAGGCUUCACUUUCUAAAGAAAUAAGAGA